AGUACGGUGCGGAGAGUUGAGCUCGUUCGAUCGACGCGUUGAUUAUAGAUUUUUAGCAGUUUUUUAAUUUGCUAUUCGAAUUGCGUGAUGUGUGUGAAUAUAUUGUGAUUGUAUUAUUACAAAAGAAAAAACUUUAAAACAGUGUUGGAACCUAUAUGACUUGGAGGGUCUAACUUCGUACAGUUCAAAUCAUAGUGUAUACUAUAGACGCCAUCUUCGACGGUGGCUUGUCGUGAUCUAUUUUGCCGGCCAUCUUGCAUUGUUUAUAAAACGAGUUCUUUGAUAAGAAAAACAGCAAUAAUAACUUGAAUAAGAUUCUAUAUUGGAAUAUGAACGUUCCUCAUGGCUACAAAGAUUGAAUCUGAACCACCUCAAAAUUAUGAGUCAGGUGCAGAAGAUGGAGUAGAUGACGAGGCAGACAAAGAGGAAGCCACUGACCAAGAAGAAGUGGAUGACCAAGAAGACGCAGAUGAUCUAGGAGAAGAAGAAGAACUUAGAAAACCAGUUAAUAACAAUGUCGCUAACAUUUUAGCCCGUCUACAGUCUUCUGGAGCACUCAUUAGAAAACCUAAACAAGAAAAUCAUUGCUUCACUUGCAAAGAGGAUUUUAACAAUUGGGAAGACUUAGAACAUCACUUAAUACAACAACACGUUUCUAUACCGUCAAUUAUAUUAGAAAAACUGCCGUCCGACGACGAAGAGACGCCUCCUUCGGGAGAUGAAAAUUGGUCAGACGAAGAUGAAAGGGAAGUCCCACCGCCAAAAACUCCCAAAAAGGUAGACAUCUCACAAAUCAUGAAAAACUCGGGGCUUUCAAUUAAAAAAUCAAACGAUUCAAAUAAUCCGACAUCGGCGUUGAAUAAAUUAAGUGGCUUGGGAUUCACAAUCAAAAAGAAUACAACGCCAAUUAAAAAAGAAAACAAUGAAGAUGACCCAGAUAAAUCUAAUGUUAUAAAAAAACUAGGUAAUUUAGGUGGUAUUAAGCUAAAAUUAAAGUCAGAUGGUAGUAAUACUAAUACAUUUAAAGUAGUGAAUGGUCUCAAAGAUUUUAGAACUUCCGAUGAGGAAGAUGUAGAUAGUGAUCGCGAUGAAGAAAAAGAACAAGAUGAAGACGACAAAGAUGAUGGCGAUGAGCAAAGUGGUUCUGAGGAUAUAAGUCAAAAUAAAUCUAAUAGUAGAAAGCCAUCAGAAAGUGAUUGCUCUGAUGAUAGUAGUAUAAGUAAGAUUAAUCGAAGUAUACCAAAAUUACCACAGGGAAUUGUCCUUAAACCUAAAAAUAAUGCUGGCAGUAGAGCUAAGACGCCCGUUAAAACAAAGCCCGGUAACGUAAAAGAAGAAAAUUGUACAAUAGAAAGACCAGUUAUUAAACAGAUACCAAAACGAAUUUCGAAUCAUGCUACACCCAGACAGAGCAGAGAGUCACCGAAAAUUACAGAACUUCCAUCAUCAAGAAAGAAUUCCGAAUCCAGUACGCCGGAACGGCGAGUGUCACAUGAAACGCCUACAGAAAAUGUAACAAUCAAAAAAGAGGUUGAAGAUAGUAGUGCAACAACAGCCUCUGUUGCGCCCUUAUUUUCAAACCAAAUUAAAACCGAACGGACAUCACCCCCCCUACCAGACAGUUCAUCAACACCCAUUUUGGCGACUAUAAAGACAGAAGUGGAUGCCCCUCCUACACAAACCACAGUCAGCGCUGCCACUACAACACCGCUAUUACCUGUAACAAAAGUAGAAAAUGCGCCAAUGGCAAUUAUAGAAAUUAAUGGUGACUCAAAUGAUGAGGAUGAUGAUGAUUGCUGUGUGGUGUCGACAACUCCGGCUCCAGACAUAAAACCGAAAAUAGAAGAAAUCGUACCAAAGAUAGAAACUGUGCCCAUACCAACUUACACUUCAACUCAAUCAUAUUCUACUCCUACUUUCUCAACCUCAUCAAGUAACUACUCUUCGGCACAAAGUGUAACAUCAUCGCGAUUUUCAUCUAUGCCUUCAACAGAAAAACAACACAACUUUAAUUGGAACGCGCCUGACUCAAAACCAAUUACAGAUCAUUUGUAUGAAAAAAGUGCUGAUGAAAUUUUCGAAAGUCUUCUGUCAUCAUCAAGCAAAAAAGAGAACUUAAUGUCUGAUGUGAGUGAAUACAUAUCAUUGGAUAAAUUGGGCCCACAGCAUUCAUGUGAGGUUUGCAACACGCGUUUCACUGACAUAUCGCUAUUGGAAGAUCAUAGAAGAAUGACGGGUCAUUCGCAAAGCUUAAUUCCACAUUCUAAUCCUACAAGUACACUUUUACCAUACACUCCAUCAUCAAAUAUUCUUUCCAGUUUACUACCAGUAAAACAACUGGCAGAACAAGUCGGGAAAUUAUCAAAUAUAGGAAGUGGACCGGGAUACACUCACCAACAAAAUGUUAUGAUCAAUAUCCAGGCAUAUCCAGGGACAGCAACAGGGGGUGUAAUGAUGCCACCUCAAGCUCCUUAUAACAACUAUCAAGGACAAAAUAUGCACGGGAAUUAUUCGCAACCAGGCAUGUAUCCAAAUAUGUCAUCACAAUACCAAGGUGGCGCUAACUACAUGGGGUCUGGCAUGCCCAAUUAUCCGAACCAGUAUCAACAACCUCCAAAUUCACCUUACUCAAGUACAAUGCCACCAAGUUCGUACCCGUCAGCUCCAGCGUAUUCAACACCGUCUCCUCUUCAAAGCAUGCAGCAAUCAGUUUAUGGACAGUCAUCAACUGGAAUGAUGAAUCAACCGGGAACAAUGGGCCUUCCAGGAGCAUCUCCUAAUCAACAAUACCCUCCCGUAUCAAGCCCAGCUGGGCUAAUGAAACCUCCUGGUAAUAUUAAAAUUCAGAAUGUUCAAACCUUCCCAGCAGGUCAAGUAGUCGGUCAACCUGGAAAAGAUUCGGGACCAAUGAAUACUACUGGACAGCCCCCAGCUUCUCAAAUGCAUCCCCCUACUCAAAUAAGAAUGGCUUCUGGAGUGAGUCCAUCAGGACCUCGACCGCGAAUGCCCUCUAUUAGAGGUCAGAGACCUACAAUUAGACCAGGAACUCAAAUCCAGGGACAAGUGAGAGGUAAAAUUGGUGCUCGUAUGCCUAUAAAACGGCCUGGAGGCCCGACUCAAGGACCAGGACUAAAAAGACGACCUGACAUGCUGCUUCCUGGAAAACAUGAUAACGAAGAUUGCCAGGUUAUGGCGAUGCAAAAACAAAGGGACGGUCUGCCAAUGAUUCAAAGUGUUCAAGGCGCAAAAGACAAACUGGGCAGUCAAAUAUCGGUAACGAAGAAGCCAGUAAACAAAAUGGCGAAUGCAAUGGCCAAUGUCCUGGCGUCUCGGGGAAUAAGCAUUAUGCAAAAGCAAAAGAGUCGGACACCGUCUCCUGAAAGGCCACUCCCUCACUUACCAAAUCUUGGGUCGGGUGUCAGUAUUAAACAUACCUCGAAGUCCAGCAACUUCUCAAUCCCUGAAACUAAAGUGGGCGGUGGUAUGUUAUCUUGUAAAUAUUGUAAAAAGAUGUUUAUGAACCAAUCGUCUCUGCAAGCACACAUCACGAAUGCUCAUCCUCAGAGUAAAGUGCCAAUCUUCAAAUGCGAUGAAUGCCCGGCAUCAUACCCCAAGUCGUUACAACUUCAGCACCAUAAAAGGGUCUUUCAUAACGUGAGUGGGGCAAAUAGAGAAUUAGGAUUGCCUGUCGUUGAUUUGUCACAAACAGAUAAUCUGAAGCGGCUCAGCAAUUUAGGCAUUUACAGUUUUAUACCGUUGGCGAAUCGGGAACAAGCUAAUGGAUGUUUUGGUAUUCCAGUGUUGUCAGUUCAUAACAUGCAAGGUGGUUUAACUUCUAGUUUGCAGGCUCUUGGUGCUGACGGCCUAUUAAGUUUAGGGCCUUUAAAAGCCUUACCGAAUUCUUAAAUAUGCCGUACUUGUGUUUAACAAUAACGGGACUCAUUAACAAUUUUGUGAUUCGUUCGCUGAACUGAAAUUAUUAUUUGAACGGAAGUAUGAAACUGAAUAUAAAUUUAUUGUUAUUUAUUUCGUAAUAAAUGCGCAAUAGUGACAAAUAAAACUCACUUAAAUCGUUAUGUGUGUGUUAAAUUUCGCGUUUCAUAAUUUAGUAUUAAAAAAUUGUAAUAUGGCCUUUAUGUUUACAUUUAAAUCUCAUUUUUUGUGCACAAAUGUAGAAACACAAAAUAGCAGGUAUUUGUAAAUACCAUACAACCGAAGUGAAAAUUUUAUCAAGUCAAGAUUAUAAUAUGGAAUUAUUUUUUCUUACGUAUAUUUAUAAGUAAUAUUUAUUAUUGUGUAUAAAUUACUCAGAUUAAUAACGCUGACUGAUAGCGCUCCUUAAAGGCUAUUUUUCACUGGGAAACCACUGUGGCGCAACCAGUCGCCGCUACCAACAAAAUGUAUAUAUAUAUAUAUAUAUAUAUAUAUAUAUAUAUAGAGAAUUAUUCACCUGGUAUCCAUAUGGUUGCGCAACCAAUUUUGUGGCGCGACCAGCUCGAACGCGUCAUGAUUCUGGUGUCUAGUUUGGUAGGACGUGGUGUCCAGGUGAAAUCUAGCCCCAACUGACAUGAACUUAGCCCGAACGAGUGUUACAUAGUCAACUACACAGUCACAUUCAAUAUUUUGUUCUGUAAGUAAUUAGUUUUCCUCAAUAUGAUUUUAUAUCAAGACAUAAGUUAAUUAUAUCUGAGAUAUUGCGGGAGUUCAUUGUAAAACUUUAGUGCAAACAAGUCGCUAUCGAGAUUACGGUAAAUCAGUGACACUUUAUGUCAAAAGGAGUUGAUAUGUUAACUGCAAUAUUUUCGAACCGAACUACCAAUAGCAUACUUGCUGCGCGAUGCCUUUUUCCGCCGUCCAGCCGUUCCGCCUAACAAAUAAACUUGGUAUAAUAUUAUAACUGAGAAUAAACAGAGAAUAUGCAAAAUGUUUACAAAUAGACAUCUUGGUUAUGAUUGGUCUAGAGUCCAUAGGUUCUCAACGUGGGCGUUUGUGACUUUCGGGGGGGCAGUAGAAGACCCAGAGAAAAUUAGGGGGCAUUGAGAUGGCGCAGAUGGGGCGUGGGUAGAUUAAAAAAUAUAUUGUAAAAAGGCAAAAAAAUACACGACAUUACUCUAGAAAAAAACAUAUUCUCAAAGUGGGAGGUGAGCAAAAUAAGAUUGAGAGACGUAUAACGUUUCCCGCGCUUAUUUGCAAGGCUGCUUGACAUUCGGUAAACUUCAGAAUUAUCAUUAUAUUGACAGUGUUGUCAAUGAUAUUGUCAAAAUUUUGCAUAUUCUUGGUUUAUUCUCAGUUUCAAAUUUAUUUGUAAGGCCGUAUAUGUCUAAUGAGACAUAACAUCCUAUAAAUCAAAGUGACGAGGGCAAUCGCGGUACCGCUCAUAAUUUAAGGCACUGCAUUGUAAUGGGCAGAGUAACUAAUGCCUUGAUCGUAUCGUCACGUUUUUCUCAUAGGAGCUUCAGAGCAUCAAAGGCCGGCUACGCAUCUCUUGGCCCCAUGGUGUUUCACUCUCCAUCGUGUAGUCCGUCAGCCUCUUCAAAUAAUUUUCAAGGCAAUAUAAUAGUGUGUGUGUGGACAAGGCCUAAUAUAUACAUAUCACACACACACACGCCUUUUCCCUGUAGGGGUAGAUAAAAGAUAACAGAUCGCCAAUUGCACCUAUCCUUACAAACCUUUCCGUUUGUCUACAUUCAUUACUAUUUUUCAUACAUGUUUUCAAAACGUCCCCAUGGUACACGAAUCUCCUUCGAGGUCUCCCGCGACCGCCUUGCCCACACACACUUAUUGAUUAGCAAUUCUUUCUUCACUCAUACCCUCUACAUAUAUUAGAAACGUGUUUAUUGUAGUCUUGUAUGAUUUACCACACUCUCAUACGCGUUGUUUGCAUUAUAGAUUCAACCUUUGUACAUAAUAAAUAUCUUUUUAUUGUACAUAAAAACAAGAUUUGCUUCGGGGUGCUCAGUACACCGCAAUGGUGAUAUAGUCCAUUGAUAGAUACGUAAUAUUUGUUUGUUCAUAUAUAGUGCAUUAGGGUAAGUCCGGAUAAUUCAGUCUUUUUUGAAAAGCAAAAAAAAGACGUUUCGUGGUAUGUUGCCAGCAAAAAAAGUUAGUAAGUUUAAGUUAUCCGGACUUAGACUAUCCAAUCGUACCCCUGAUGCACCGUACGUUUUAUGUAAAGCAAGCUCAAGGGGUCGUAUCGAAAAUAAUGAUGUAACAAAAAAAUGUACGAGUAAUAAUUAUUAAGAUUUGUGCAAUUGUAGAUAUAAUAUAAUACUUGGAAAUAAACACAUACAUCUCUUGUGACUUAUAAAUGCACAAUUCUGUUUGUUCAAGAGCGAGUAGAACUCGCAAUACAGAGACCAUAUUAGAAAUUAUUUAUCACACUUAUAGUAUACAAACAGCAUAAAUGAAUGCUAGAUUAUUGCAUAUUUUUUUAUUUAAACAAUAAAAUUUUCCCCUAAUAUGAAUUCACGAAUUGGCAUCGUGAGAUAAAUGGUAAAGUUUGAACCAUAGACUAAUGAAAAAAACAGACGGACAAGUAACAGGAAGCCCGUCGCACUCCAUCGCUAGCGAAGAAAAGGCUCUGAAUCGCGAUAAUAGAAAAAUAUCAAAACUGCUUAUAAAUAAAUGCGUUGUAAAUGUUAUAUUAGUAAUUAUUACAAUAACAUGAAAGAUGUAAUUCCAUUAAAACUGGAACACUAGAUUUUCUUUUACCUCUGAUUGUUUGACAACUGCGAUUUAUGUUCAAUCUUUUUCAUUAGUCUGCGGUUUGAAAACGUUUUGUAAGAAUGCGUUGAAGCCAUGAGCCUUCAAAAUACACUUUUGCGUUCCUUUGUGAGCAAAAUUGUGGGUUACAUGAGCGAGAAAGACAUGAUAAAGUCGUAGUCCCACUUUACGUCCCAUUUUGAUCUUACCAUUAUUGGAUUCAGCCUCAAAAAUGUAGUAAACGUUAAAAGAAUGUUAUAAUUUGUGCAAUAAUAAAAAAAUUAAUAGAAUCGACUUAAAUGCUUUUUUCCAAUUUAUGUUUAUUGGGGUCGAGGAAAGAGCGAGAAAAAAAUUUUUACACAAUCAAACAACUUAUUUUAAUAAAUGUAGUAUUUCAUAACAUUAUGUUUUCAUUUUUAUUGUAACUACUAAUACAAACUAAAGUGUAACAUUAUAUUGGAGAGAGAAAUAUAAAUAAAAUAGCAGCGUUCCUAAAGAUGAACGAUAUUUUUUUAUGAUAUAAAGUAUAUUUUCAACAAAUGCACUGUAAAAAUCAUUGUUAAAUAAGCUAGAUGUAGGAUAAUAUAAUGAGGUGUGUAAUAUUAUUAGGGUUAAGCAUAUUGUGAUUUAAGUAUGUAAAUACUUAUUAAGGUACUUGAUUAAAUAGUCGUUAAAUUCUCUGUGGUUAUGCAAAAUUUUGACAGAUCUGUGAAAAGAGCAGGUGUGGACUAAAAAAAAUAUUUUAAAACCUAAAGGGGAUGUUUCUGGUAAUUACCAGAUCCCUGUAGUUUUCAAAGCAAUUACGUAAGAUUUGAACAUUUUUGUUUUUAAUUAAUAUACUGGUUAAAUCAUGUGUUUCAAGCUGAUGACCUUGUUGGCAAUGCACGAACACUAAAGCAAUAAACCUGGCCUGUUUUUAUCGGUUGUCUAGCAGAGAGGCUCUAUCUAAGUGCAUAAAUUAUCUAGGCCUUAUUGAAGACGAUGUUUGAAAUGAAUAUAUUUUUUGUGGUUUCCAAGUUCUCUCGUCUGCUAGCAAUAUGAAGCAUGGCUUGUAAUGAUAAAGAAUAAAUUCGCAUCUACUGCCAAAAAUCGCGCGAAUAAGUUACUUUUUAUUUUUUCAUAGAACUAAUUCAAAAUUACUUAGCAUUGAAGCCAUAAUAAAAGAGUAUUAUAAGAAAAAUAAUUUUUGUACUUGUCGCUUUUGUAAGUAACCAAAUGGUUUUUCUUAGAUCUGUAAUAAUAUCUAAUAACUUUUAUACAAAUAUUUGGUAAAAUGGCUGUUUUCUUUUUUCAAGGAGGAAUCACUUCGAAUAUGGAAUACACUAGUUAAAUAGUAUUUAAAAUAAUGAUGUAUAAUGUAGUUGUAAGGUAUAUUAUAGAAAAUAAACUCCUAAACGUUUUUUUUUUUGGAAAUUGUGAAUGAUUUGUAUAAUCUAUGUUAUUUUGUGAAGAGAUAUAUUUUUGAGUUUAUUUGAUUUGAUCAUAAGCAAGUUUGUGGUGAAUAAAGAAAUGUAAUAAAUGAUUUGAACUA